GAGCUGACCACAACAAGUGCACGGGUUCAAAAUAAUGAUGGCGGUAAAGAGGAGGGUGGGCUGUUCAGAAGGACAACAAGAAGAAAAUUCCGUACCUCUAAUAAGGAACAUCAACAACAACUAUCUGUAUAGUCAACAGGAAAGACUGCUUAACAGAGAAAAUGGAAAACUGCUUAAAUAUGUACUUCCAAGUGCUGCUUGUUUACUUUGCUACGUGAACAGUUUGCAAGGUGAUUUUGUUCAUGACGAUGUAUCCGCCAUUAAAUCCAACGGAGAUGUCACAGGAAACACGCCAUGGUCGCAGAUGUUUUCUAAUGACUUCUGGGGCAAAUCAAUGGCAGACAACACAAGUCACAAGUCAUAUAGGCCGCUGUGUGUUCUGUCUUUCAGGUUGAAUUACAUGCUAGGUGGACUGAACCCUGUCUCUUUCCAUGUUGUGAAUGUGGCCCUCCACACCAUUGCCACACUGCUGUUUGUCCAUAUCUGUGAUACUUUAGUCUAUAGACCAUCUUCCCACCUGGCCCUGCUGGCAGGACUGCUGUUUGCUGUUCACCCAGUGCAUACAGAAGCUGUGGCUGGUAUUGUCGGACAAGCAGAUGUAUUAGCCUGUAUAUUUUUCCAACUGUCUUUCUUAUGCUAUGUCAGAUGUAUAAAUUGUCAAUCAGGUGAAGAGUUCCCAACUGUUAAAAGGAUACCUAUUUUCAUGUUGAGCAUGGUAUUGGGUACAGCUGCUAUGUUUACAAAGGAGCAUGGGAUUACGGUGCUUGGUGUCAACAUACUAUAUGAUACUUUUGUUAUUUGCCAUGGCGGAACUCUUAGGGUCCUGAGAAAGAGGAGUCUAACCAGAAACUGUACACCACUUGUUAAAAGAAUGAUAUUUACUUCAUGUGUUGUUAUUUUGCUGUUAUCCUUUAGAAUUUGGAUGCUGCAUGGGAUGCUUCCAGCAUUUUCAGAGCAAGACAAUCCUGCUUCUUUUGCUCCUCAUUUAUUGACAAGGUUUCUUACAUACUCCUACCUUCUAGUAUUUAACAUGUGGCUGCUGCUAGCUCCCAUAACACUGUCAUAUGACUGGCAGAUGGGGAGCAUUCCCUUGGUGGAAACAUUAUGGGAUAUACGUAACCUGGCAACACUCAUUUUUGCCAUAGUGAUGCUGUUUUUGGUUGUGUUUGUUAUAAGAAAGCUAUGGACUUCCACAGGGAAGGUGACAUUUACAGGCCUCCUUUUCCUUACUUUGCCCUUCUUGCCAGCUUCUAACUUAUUUAUUAGGGUAGGCUUUGUUGUUGCGGAAAGAAUCCUUUACAUCUCAAGCAUGGGGUUUUGUAUUUUGGUUGUGCAAGGGUUUGACAGUAUCACAAUCAAAUUUAAACAAAAGAAAAGACUGCUCCAUGCUAUGUUAUAUUGCCUUGUGGCUUUGUUUGCUGCAAGGACUGUGAUAAGGAAUAGGGUGUGGUACAACAGAGAGACACUCUUUACGUCCGGACUGGAAACUCUUCCUCACAAUGCCAAGGUCCACUACAAUUAUGCCAACAUGUUGAAAGACUGGGGUCGCAUUGAACAGGCAAUUCACCAUUACAGAACAGCGUUAAGGCUGUUUCCUAACCAUGCCAGUGCCAACAAUAAUCUUGGCACUUUGCUGAAUGACCCUGUGGAUGCUGAGGCACAUUAUAGAAGAGCCAUACAGAUCAGUCCAGGGCACACCAAUGCUCACUUCAACCUGGGGAAUGUGCUGCAUAAAACUGGCCGCAGUGAAGAGGCUAUUAAGGUCUUCCACAGAGCUAUCCAGCUAGAUCCCCAUUAUACUGACCCCUAUACUAACCUGGGAGGUAUUCUAGCCACACUGGGCAGGCACUCAGAGGCUGACUGGUGCUAUAGAAGGGUCAUACAGGAAGAUCCCCACAAUGCCGAUGCCUAUAACAAUUAUGGGGCAUUUCUACAGAGACUAGGCAAAAAUGAGGAUGCUCUUCAGUAUUACAUGAAAGCAACCAGCCUUCAGCCCAACAAUGUAGUAGUUAUAACCAAUGCUGGGAGGGCACUGAGGACACUGGAGAGAAAUGAUGAAGCAGAAGACAUGUUUAAAAGGGCUUUGUCUAUUAAGCGAGAUUCCAUUAACCUGGACACGCUGGCAGUGUUCUACUUCAACCAGGGCAGAACAACUGAGGCACUGAAGAUAUUCAAUGAGCUGGAGCGCUCUUUUCCAAAUGACUUGGAUGCCAUGUGUCAUUAUGCCCAAGCAUUAACCAGGCUGGAGCAAUAUUCUAAAGCAGAGGCCCUGUUACUGAGAAUUCUUCACACUGAUGGUGGGCAUGUGGAAGCUUUGAGGCAACUAGCUACUCUGUGUGGGAUAUUGGGAAGACAUCAAGAGGCCCUGCAACAUAUCAGUAAAGCUUUAUCUCCUGGUGCCCAGACUGUGGAUAAACUCACCAGGGCAGCCAUUUACUAUGAAGAAGGAAAUCACUGGAAAGAUCUGAAACAGUAUCAGCAGGCUGCCAAGAGUUAUAAAGCAGCAGUUUCUCUGGAUCCAAGUUUGCCUCAAGCUUGGCUAAACCUUGGAGCAAUUUAUCAUCUUCUAAAAGUGGAAGCAACCAGUGUAGCCCUGAAGGCAAUUUUUCUGUUGCAGUACUUUCUCAUCCUCAGAGGGUGGGCAAUCCAGCAGUAUCUCUCAAAAGCUAGAAGCACAGUAAGUAACAUGGUAGCAUUUGAUGACAUAGUUCCAAUUGGAUAG